AUGGGAAACUCAGGAAGCUUGAACGGAUUGUUGGGAUAUGAGGAAGGUUACCAUCAUCAUCCGGGCUAUCACCAUGAUCACCAGCGGUACCACGAAGCGAUGCGUUGUGAGCCUGUUAGCGGGAUGUCCUCUUCCUGGAUCGAUUCCUACCAGCGCGAUCAUCAUCGGAGAGGCGUACGACCACGGGACCAUGAGCAACAGCAACAAAUCAAAGUGCUGCCAGACAUACCGGGGAAGGUUGCGAAGUUACGAUCUACCAGCAAUGGCAGUAUUCUGCACGCUGGUGGUACGAUCAGCAAGAACAAUCAGACACUACAGCGCUCCAAGAGCAUCUCUUCGCCAACGAACCAACAACAUCAGCAACAGAAACAAAAGGCCUGCUUCAGCGAGUGCGAGGAUCUUGAGAUGAACUCACUGCAUCCUUGUAUGCUGAUGCAGCGCUCACGUACACAGUUACAUCUAAUGCCACAAGAAGUAUCUCGUGGUGGUAGUGGCAGCCGGCCACGUAACAGGCAUUCGUACAACAACAAAGUCGACGAGGAUGGAGGAGCUGGUGCACCAGACAAAGGUAGCCGGCAGGCAACGCACUUCAUUGAGUCAAACGGUGCUGCCAAUGUGCCUGAAUCGCUCAACCACCGCAAGCGGUUUGGUUCUGAACCGGACCUGCGCCUGUCUCUGCUGCCACGCAACGGACAGCAAUUAGAGCUGGUGGGGGGUCGGCCUCGCAAUCCCAAGAUGACUCAGUUGAAAAUAAUGAAAGGCAAGAACAAAAAAAAGGCUCCGGUUCCACCUAUUAUGGAGAGGCUUGACUCCAACAAGGAUGCCGAACGGCAACGCAUCAUCGCCUUCUCGCCUAUGCGUAAACCGGGCUCGGACACAAAUGCACCCACACCUACGUCAUCCAGCGAUGGUAACUUCAACGUAGGCACCACACGCAAACUGCGUCUGUUCAAGACUCGUGCCGAAACGAAGAAAACGCCCACGAUCGCGAAGCUCCCGGAAGCGUCUGAUGCUAAAUUUCCCGGUAAGCAUGGCCCAUCGAACGGUCCCGGCGGUGGCUUUAUGCGAUCGGUCGUUCCAUUACAACCGACCGGAUCUGAACCGCACACCAUUAUUGGCCAUUCACAUCGGAAUGAUUCUGCUUUGCUGGACGAUGAGAAGCUAGCGACUGCGCUAGAUCAAGUUUCAGCCCGUCCAAAUCCAACCUCGUUUUUUCGGCGCGAAAAAACAUUCGAUGCCGGGUUGCUCGGUUUGGAACGUCUGCACGAAAUUGAACCACGUUCGACCAUGAAAUCUACCAUGUCACCACCACUAUCCCGUCGCAAAUCAAUCGUCAAAAGCUACCUCGCGCAGGACACUCCAAGCAAAUCGACGACAACGAUAGCUUCGAACCGGAUGGAUUUGAAGACGAGGCAACAGGUCGGUACACCGGCGGAGAGCUAUCAGCGCAAGCUAGCGCUUGCCGAAGCACAACGCAAACAGUCAUCGGCGGCCACAACUGCUAUUACCGAUUUCCAGAAAGAGCUGCAGCUAGCAGCGGGCAACACGGAUACAAAUAAUAGCUCGUCGCCAACUCUUAACCGGACGGGAGCUGGACAGACGAAACCAGUACGUUCUGGUGGCGGGACUGAACAUAUAACUUCUCUGCUCCCUACAGUCAGUGGUGGGAAAUCCAAGCCAGCGUUAUCGAACGCGUUAGUAAUUAACGUUGAACCUGCGAAAGAAUUGGAUCAAGGUGCAGUUCAGUCUAAACCAGACCAAAAGUUGGCUGCACGAGAAUCUCCGCCACCAUCAACCCCUCCACCACCACCGCCACCACCGAAGACGAGCUUCUACUUUGGCAUGCGUGGUGAUCGCCGGCCACCGUCAGACACACCACUACGAUUUUCUGACAGGAAACAUUUCUCACCUUCAGCCGCACCUUUCGCGUCUGAAUCGCGUGUUGAUGAUAGUGGCAGUGAGCGGGAUUGUGAAACUCGUCGGGGGUCACGCACGCGGCAUGAUAUUGACGGUCAACCGGUGGAAGAAAUCGGUCACACACGUAUGGUGUUAAUCGACCAAUUUACUGCCAGUUUGCUGAGCAUCAAUCGAUUCCGGUCGUACGAUUCAGUCGCAUCUUCUCAGGCAGACAUUCGGACUGGUCCGGUAAGGUCGUGGGAUGAAUCAGACAGUCCUGGACAUCAAGAGAUAGCGUUGAAGUUACGACCAACCCUGCCCCGCAAACAGUUUGACAUACCACGCUUCAGUCCGGCCGCUGCUUGGCGUUUGCUAAUGACGGAGGAUGAGUUUUGCCGUGGUGCACCGAUCGAUGUGCUGGGUAGAGCAGGAGAAGGUGGAAAGAAAUCCUUCCUGCGCUGCUUCGAUCAGGACGUACUGGAUGUACCGGAGGAUCGUAUCCAGCGAGUGUACCGUGAACCGGUUCUAGGGCUGCAGGACAACAAGAGUGGUGAUAGUGGGAUUUCGGGUGACGCUGGUAUAUUGGCGGAUAUUGGACAUGACGCUUUGCUAGCUUCGACUGGUAAGGAAGAACGCGCUGGAGAUACAAGCCCGGAAAGUAGAACACAGCUGCACAAAGGUGGCGGAGCAAGUGGAACGGGAGCAAACGGAGGUUGGUCAUCCAAUGCACUGGUGCUGAUGCCCUGGACACCGCAGCAAGACCUUGGCGAUGACGAGGAUGAGAACGAGGAGGAAGAGGAUGAGCAAGAGGACCACGCAACAACAGGUAGUGCCAGCGAACAUCGACGCCUUUUGCUCGACGGCAGUGUUGGAACGAAUGACGAUACGCGACCCAAAUUUUCCAACAAAGGACAUCUUUUUAGCCUAUCGCUACCGAGAGAAAAUCAUCUGUCAAUCUAUAACGUGGAAGAAAUGGAUGAAAAGGUAGAGAAAUACGUCUUCAAUAGUUUGCAAACAUUUCGUAAAUCUGUGUCCGGUCUGUUCAAAACCGACGACAGUAAUGGUCAGUUGGAUUCCAACGAUAGAAAUUGGUUUCUUGGGCGGUUCGACACGACGCUGAGUGAUGGUACGGGGCCCGGGAGUGGUUCAGAGAAGCAUUCCAAGCUGCUGCUUCCGGAUGGACGAACGUGUGAAAAUACGGACAGUGUUGGUGGCGCGACCGUGUCGAUUGGAGUUACUGCCCAGAAUAAGCAUAACUCGAUACGAUAUCUUGUCAGUGGGAAGCAUAUGAUGUACUUGCCGAAGGAACCGACAGAACUACACGCGCACACGACAGACAAGAAUAGCAAGCAGGAUGAGAACAACAAUCGCAAAAGCUAUCAAAAUCAGAACGGCAGUGCGCGGCACGAUAAAUCGACAUUAACUUCAUCGGAAGUGUCCACAUUGUUGCAUAGAAAUUCGGCGCACCGUGCAAUCAACGGUGGGACCGAUAAGGAAAAUCUGCAGGAUCCGGUAUCGGUCGCAGCAACCAGUACACACGCAUCGAAAGGUGAAUUGGAGAACUUCCCGGUAAAGCUAUCAAACCGGCGCAACCAUCGGUUUACGUUCCAGAGCACGAUCCGCCAGAUUGAGAAGCGUCGGGUGGCGGAAAAGUUGUCUAGGGAGGCAGAGAUUAAGGAAGCGAUGCGGCUGAGCGAGUUGGAAGCGAUGAGACGCGUUGAGGAAGAGUUCCAGAAGAAGCGAGCGCGCGAGAAAGCUUCGAUUAGGCAUCAGUUGCGUCUGUUCUCGUUGGAGAACCAUCCGGAUCAGCACCAUGCACCGAGUGAGGGUGAUGUCGAGCAGGACUCAACGGGCGAAACGAAGCGAUCUGACCCGGACGGAGAUAGUUUGCCACAUCAGAGUGCACUUGGUCGAAGCGGCAUUUAUCGUAAGAAAGAAUUCAACGACAGCGGCAGUAUGGAGCGGCAAUAUAAACGUCCCAACGGUACUGCUACAACUGUAACGAACAGCAACCAUAACAAUGCUUCAACUGCUGAUGAUGAUAUGUACCUGGGGAAUGAAAUGGAGAUGGAACAGGUGACCAGAGGUGGAAGGCGCCGGUACGAGGACGAAUACGACGAUGAUGAUGGCGAUGUUGAGAGCAGCAGCCUCGGUUACGUGGACACCCGUACGCCGUACAUCUCGCGCAUCAUCCAGGCGAAGAGUAGCAAAUCGUACGCCAUGAAGAAGUAA